AUGGCGGAUACUCAACUCCAGGAUGCCGUCACCAAGAUGGUGGACCGCCUCGACCGCAAUUUUCUGCGCGCUUUGCAGCGGGAUGGAUACUUAUGUGCAGCCAAGGUAUUCGAGAACACAGAGUGGUCAUCGGAGCAACUCACUGCGGCCGUCGAGCGUUGCCAGCGGCCGACGCAGCAGCUCAAUCAGUUUAUGCAGCAGGAGAUGCAGAACUUCCAGAACCGCGUGCAGCGCUGUGCACAGGAGUGUCAGGACAAGGCUCAGGACUCGUUGCCGUCCAGUGGGAACCCCAGUGAAGCGCAAAUUGCACGUGCCCAGAAAGACAUGGAAAAGUGCGUGAGUCGCUGUGUUGACACGCACGUGGGGUUGCUGCCCAAAAUAAGCGCCCGGAUCGAGCAGGCUGUGACCCAAAUUAAGGAGCAGGCGCAAUAA